CGCUGUCGCUAGCGCUAUCUCCACUCUCCAAGUCUCCCGACUCCAGAGAAUAGAGGGGUCCUGCCUGCGCUCUCCCUUUUCUCCUCUUCUUCUUUUUCCUGGAAAAGGAACCAAAAGUAUUGCCUUCCUUCUUCUCUGCCUUUGAAAUUGGAAGUCUCUCCACUCUCCAGAGAAUAGAGGGGCCUGCGCUGCGCUCGUUCUGCUUUAUUUUCUCUUCACUAGGUUCGUCUCUCUCUUUCUCUUCUGCGAUUUGUCUUCAGUUUCUGUUGUUUUUUUCUCUAAAAUGGACGAUUAUCAAGAAAUGGAAAAAUUCGGGCUAGAUAAUGACUUUGAGGGAGGUCAGUAUAUUGGGAAUGAAUUUUUUUUCAAAAAACGUAAAGAAAAGGCAGUUCAAUCUAAGGAUGAUAUAUUAUAUGGUGUAUUUGCAUCUGGUAGCUCAGAUUCUGAUAUGGAUGAUGACCCCUUUUCUGGGAAAAAGAAGAAGAAGAGAAAAGGGGGAAUCAUUACAAAAGCUGAUUACUCGAAACCCGUAAAUUUUCAAUCUUCUGGUGUUUCAAACCCUAAUCAGGAAGUUCAGGAGCAUGGUGCUGAUGGGUUUAAGCCUGGGCUCGGGCUAGGUGCCGGGCCGAGUGUCAGAGCUGGUUUGGGUAGUGGUUUGGGUUCGAGUAAUUCGGGGGAGAAAUCUUUAGGGGGUAAGAUGACUGAUGAUAAUUCGAGGGAGGAAGAUGAUGACCAAUCAUUCUUGCCAAGUGGUUUUGGGAAGAAGAUCAAGGAGGGGGCAGAAAAGCGGCGUGAGAAGUCGAAAUUGGGUUUUGGAGAUAGUAAGUCUCAGUCAGGAAAGGCGAAGAGAGGUUCGGAUGUGUUAGGAGGGAAUGUGGGGGGUUUUGAGAGGCAUACGAAAGGGAUAGGGAUGAAGUUGUUAGAGAAGAUGGGGUAUAAAGGUGGUGGGUUGGGGAAGAAUGAGCAAGGUAUCGUUGCUCCUAUCGAAGCGAAAUUGAGGCCGAAGAAUAUGGGAAUGGGGUUUAAUGAUUAUCAGGAGAGCAAGAACUUGCCAAGCUUGGUUGAUGUGCCUCCACCUCCUGAAUUAGAGGAGAAGCAAGUGUCUUUGAAGAGGGAGGAAAAACUUUGGAAGAAACAAGCUCGAAGUCGAGUUAAGAAGAAUGAGAAUGUUAUUACUCCGGAGGAGUUGUUGGCUAUGAAGGCGGAGGCACAAGGUCCAGAAUUGGUACUUCAGAAGGUGGUAGAUAUGAGGGGGCCUCAGGUUCGGGUGCUAACGAAUUUGGAAAAUCUGAAUGCGGAGGAGAAGGCUAGGGAAAGUGAUAUUCCAAUGCCAGAGCUGCAGCACAAUAUCAGAUUGAUAGUAGACUUGGCAGAGCUUAACAUCCAGAAGAUGGACAGGGAUUUGAGGAAUGAGCGAGAGACUGUUGUUGCGUUGCAGAAGGAGAAGGAAAUGCUCCAAAUAGACGCUGCACGUCAAAAGAAGCAGAUUCACUCUAUGGAAGAGGUAUUGCAGGUUUUGGACAAUGUUGAGGAGGAGCAUACCUCGGGGAGGUUGACUUUGAAAUCCCUUGCAAACUCUUUUGGGGACCUCCAGAGGAGGUUUCCUGAGGAAUAUAAACUCGGUAACUUAUCUUGCAUCGCGUCUUCAUUUGCUCUUCCUCUGCUGAUUAGGGUAUUCCAAGGAUGGGAUCCACUUCAGAACCCAUCUCAUGGACUGGAUGUCAUAGCUCUGUGGAAAGGUUUGUUGCAGGGAGAUGAGGAUCAUGACAUUUUUGAGGAUGCAUCAGCCCCGUAUUCGCAAUUGGUGGCUGAAGUAGUAUUUCCUGCUGUCAGAAUAGCUGGUAUAAACACAUGGCAGGCCAGAGAUCCUGAGCCUAUGCUUCGCUUUCUCGAAUUAUGGGAGAGGCUGCUUCCAUCUUCUGUGCUACAGUUACUGCUUGAUAUGAUUGUGAUGCCUAAGUUGUCCGAAGCUGUGCAAUCUUGGGAACCUUGUAGGGAAACAAUACCAAUUCAUGUCUGGGUGCAUCCCUGGCUUCCCUUGCUUGGACAGAAGUUGGAGACUCUCUAUCAAGCUAUCCGUAUUAAAUUAGGAACUGUUCUCUAUAAAUGGCAUCCUAGUGAUAUGUCUGCCUAUACUAUAUUAUCACCUUGGAAGACAGUAUUUGAUGCUGCAAGUUGGGAACAACUUAUUGCCCGAUCCAUCCUCCCCAAGUUGGUAGAUGUGAUGAAGGAAUUUCAAGUCAAUCCUGUUAAUCAGAAACUUGAUCAGUUUUACUGGGUCAUGACUUGGGCUUCUGCAGUUCCCAUACAUCAUAUGGUUAGCCUACUGGAAUUACACUUCUUCAGCAAAUGGCAGCAAGUUUUGCUCCACUGGCUUCGUAGUAGUCCAAACUUUGAAGAGGUUACGCAAUGGUACCUUGGAUGGAAAGAGGUUUUUCCUGCUGAACUUUUGGCCAACGAACGUAUUCGGCAGCUCCUUGAUCAAGGCCUGGAAAUGAUGAGACAGGCUGCCGAAGGUGCGCAUGUGGUUCAGCCUGGGGUGAAAGAAAACAUUAGCUAUUUGAGGGUGCAGGAGCAAAGGCAAUAUGAGGCUCAAUUGAGAGCCACUCAGGAAGCAGAUGGGGCAACUAAGAAUUUGAAAGAACUUAUUGAGGCUUAUGCACAGCAGCAAGGCUUGCUCUUUAAGCCUAAACCUGGGAGAUUCCACAACCAUCACCAAGUAUAUGGCUUUGGCAGCGUAAGCAUUAUUAUGGAUUCCUUGCAUCAAAAGAUCUGGGCUCAAGUCCAGGAGGAAUGGCCUUUGGUUACUCUUGACCAACUGGUACAGAUGCAAAACAUUUCUGGUCCGAGACGGCGCUGAGCUAGGCUGGAACAUAUACGCGAUGUUGGAAACCUUAAACUUGUGAUUCUGUUUGUAAACUUUGACUGCAGAACUUAAAUCUCCAGUAUGGUUGAUCUAGGGUCAUUGGUUUUUACACUGAUGCUGAGAUUCAGUCAUUCUACGUCUAUGCUGUUGCUUUUCAAGACUUCAGUUAUUGGAAUCAGCUGUGAUGGAUCUGCCUUCACUCCACUGUCGAUGAAGAAACCCAGUAACAUUUGAACUCCUCUUUAAACCGCUGGUAAGGCAUAUCUGCUACUUUGAGGAAGGGAGAGUUGAAGCUCUGUAUGCUGGUCAGCCACUUGCUGAUGUCGAGUCUGCUCUUAUGUCAUAUUGGUGAAAUGAACAUCGAUAGAUGCUGCCUGCUGGUGUGACUGCCUGAGGUUCGGCUUGGCCAGUUUUCUGGGAACGCCCUUGGAGAUCUCUUAUAAGUACUUCUAUUUUGGCACUUUUGGCACUUUUGGCACUUUGGACAGCAGACAGCAUUGCAGAUUCUGCUACACUCCAUUGCGCUUACUGGAAAUAUAUAUAGUGAAAGGGGUUGCUUCUUUCUGCUUCCGAAUGCAUUUAUCUGAUGUUCUCUCUGUUUCGAGAAUCUUUCGUUCUAAUAGAUCUGGAAGUCCGAGAUCGACUAUAAUUGAUCUAAUAGGUGGACAAUAUGUGAUGAUGAACUCAUGAAUGUUUAUCGAGUUUCUAAUUAAGUGGUUGUUUGCCUUUUGAGGUCGAAUUGUGAC